CUGGUUCCGUUGAUUCAACAGAGUUGUUGUUAUAGCGCAGAGUUUUGAUAUUUGACUGUGAAUAAAGCUGGUAUAACAGCUGACAGCAGAGAGAAAACCGAGCUGCACCUGAACGCAUCGCAGGGCGCCGCUGCCACGUCUCAGCAGCAGCGCAGCCGCAGCUCGGAGCUCCGCGUCCGGGCUGGAGCGCGGGGCUGGACCGGCUGGAUGGGAGGCGGGGGAGGCGCAGAGUGAGGAGGAGACCCGGAGGAGCGGAAAGGAGGACGACAGAGCCGCGCGCAUCCAUCGCCGCCCCAGCAGCCCGCCGGGCGGCCAUUGUUCCCUCAUUUUUCAGGAGCGACCCCCAUGCUGAGCCCGGGGAGGAUGGAGGAGUUCAUCACCGAGGAGGAGGAGCCCUGGUACGACCAGCAGGACCUGGAGCAGGACCUUCACCUGGCGGCGGAGCUGGGGAAGACUCUGCUGGAGAGGAACAAGGAGCUGGAGGACUCCCUGCAGCAGAUGUACAUCACCAAUGAGGAGCAGGUGCAGGAGAUCGAGUACCUGGUGAAGCAGCUGGACGUUCUGCGGGACAUGAACGAACAACACGCCAAAGUGUACGAGCAGCUGGACGGCACGGCCAGAGAGCUGGAGGGCACCAACCUGAGCCUGGUGACGGACAGCAAGGCCUCGCAGCAGAAGAUCGAGAGGCUCACCGUGACCAUCGAGGCGCUGCAGAACCAGGUGGAGUCUCUGUCUACACAGGCGGAGCAGCUUCGCUCCAUGGAGCAGCUCCGGGUCAAGAGGGAGAAGAGGGAGCGGCGCAAGACCAUCCACUCCUUCCCCUGCCUGAGGGAGCUGUGCACGGCGCCCAGGUACGAGGACGAGUUUGUGGUGGGAAGAGCUGAGAGCUUCACCGUGGAGGCCAAGCGGCAGCCGUUCCAGGAGGAGAACCAGCACCUGAGGGAGGCGGUGUCGGCCCUGCGGGCCGCGGUCCGGGCAGAGCGGGCUCAGCGGGAGGGGGUGGAGAAGGAGUGCAACCUGCUGGUGGCAGAGUUCUCCCGGCUGCAGACCCGAGUGCAGGACGCUGAGAGCUGCCAGGCGAGGGUUCGAGAGCUGGAGGGCGAGCUGCAGGAGCUCCAGCAGCUCCGCCGCGCCCGCACCUUCCUGAUGGGCGGUGAGGACGACGGCGUGGCGCUGACCCAGACCGUCCUCAGCAUCACCCCGGAAACAGACACCUUCCUGGAAGUGGGCGUCGGGGAAUCAGGGGGCGGCGUGAGGGAGGACGCCAAAGGGGGGGUAGGGGUGGGAGGGGAGGCUUUGCCAGAGUCCAACCCCGUCAGAAAGAGCUGCAGCGACACGGCGCUCAACGCCAUCGUGGCCCGGGACGCGUCCGGCCGCAGGAGGGGCAGCUACGCGCUCCACGCCAACAGCGUGAGGAAGAGGGGCAUGUCCAUCCUCAGGGAGGUGGACGAGCAGUACCACGCCCUGCUGGAGAAGUACGAGGAGCUGCUGGGCAAGUGCCGGCGUCACGAGGAGAGCCUGUGCCACGCCGGCGUGCAGACCUCCCGCCCCGUCUCCAGAGAUCCGUCCAUGAGAGACUGUGCCGCGGACCCCGCCCCGGCGCCUCCCCCCACACCGACCCAGUCUCCCUCCACCCCCGAGGCCUUGGAGAGCAUCGGCAGGCAGGUGGAGGCGGUGGACAAGCGGCUGGGCCAGAACACGCCGGAGUACAAGGCCCUCUUCAAGGAGAUCUUCUCUCGCAUCCAGAAGACCAAGAUGGACAUCAAAGCCACCAAAGCUGCCAAAGUCAGCAAAUCGGGAAAAUCGGGAAAAUCCAGCAAACACUGAGGGUCUGCAGGAGGUGAAGAAGCAGCCGGGGGGGGGCUCAGAUGAUCUGAAAAAGAGCACCACCCCACCAGAAGACCGUCAGACCGUCUUCACGAGGAGGAGGAGCUUCUUCACGGAGGACCUCCUGCUGUGGGCGCUGCUCCUCCAUGGUGCUAACCAUCUGCUGCAGCUUCAGCCGCCUCCUCACGUCUCCUGGAGAACCGCAGAAAUGAAAGCGUGACGUGGUUAUUUUCUGUUUGGGUCACUUCCUGUCACAGUCCUCCUGAGCGCCGCUCUCUACAGCGGUUUCUGUUUCUCCUCAUCGGGGAGCAGAGGCUGGAGGAGAACAUCCAGGAGAAGGAGCUGAGUUCUGAGGCGUUUAUCAUCAGACUGACCUCCCGACAGACACUGUGGAGGUUCUCUGCAAACGCGGAGAACCUGAACGUUUCGGUCUUCUCCAACUAUCAGGCUCACCUUCCUCACAGCUGCAGCAGCUUCUCCCUCCGUGUGUCUUUAACUAAACGUUUUAUACUCUUCAUCAUGAGAGGAAACCCUCAUCAUCCUCUGCAGGCUCUGCAGGAGCGUCUCACCCUCAGAUGGCGUUUCCGGUCAAACAGUGUGCCUGAAGGAUUUGAACCUUUGCAGUGCCUGUAUGUCAACGUUAAAAACAACUAUUUAUAUUGCUUCAUGCUUUUAUUUGGUUUAAAUCUGUUGAGUGUGAGUUCAUCAGCUACUUUGCCACAAACAUUUAAUACAUGUUAUUGUGUCCAUAAGCAUUAAUAAAGCAUUAAGGAAAUA